AACGAGCACUGUGGGCUGUCCUGUCAUAUAGAUGUAUCUCUGUUUAGCUACUUUUUCAAAAAAUAAAAUAAACAAUACUAUGUAUGCAAACAUGCGAGGCCAUAACUGAUCCACAAGUUCGUGAUGUGGGCGUGAAUCUUCAGGUUAUGACACGCAACUCUUCACGCCGCACAGACACGUCGCUUUUAUAGCUCAUUCGUGUUUAUUGGAGCGUCAACAAAGGAUGUAACUACAAAACAAACCGUCGCGAAAUGCAUGCGUUUAAAAGUGAAACGAAAGAAAAGAACCUGCGCUCGGACUGCACGCAUGUUUAGAUUCGACCGUCAAGAGGUUCGAUAAAACGCUGCUCGAAGUCAAGUUCAUCUCAAGUGCGUUAUGGAGACUUGCGUGAUAGCCGUCGAGGAAAACCUAAGCGACAUCGUCAGGACACGUUCGUGUUUCGACAGGACGUUUUCGUCCAUGACCGUGGACGAUGUGUAUGAAAUCGCCAAAGCGGUGGGAGCAGAAGUCGAGAAGCUGAUCGACUGCUACGGGAAGUCGAGUGUGGAGGGUCUGGUGUCUCACAUAGUGAAAGUGUUGGAGCUUUUGGAGAGUUUCGCGGCGAGAAACCAAGCUCAUAAAUGCAAAGAAGAGGAACUGCUGAAGGCGUUUGAGUCGUUACAGAUACAGCAGCAGAAGAAGCGACACGCGAAGGAGUGCGAUGAGCCCAGCAACGGUAACGUUACAGAGAGUGGGGACUGGCAUCAGAAGGAGAAGAAACUAAAGGGAAACGUAGAUUUGUUGCAGUCCCAGGUGCAACGGCUCAAGGAAGAGAAUCAGGAGCUUCUGGCCCGUCUACAAUGUACACACUCAAAAGAAGACCGCACACAGCGUCAGGAACGAGAGGUGAUGCUCAAGCUGAAGGAAGUGGUGGAUAAGCAACGUGAUGAGUUACGAGCGAAAGUGCAGGAGAUUUCCAGCAUGUCCAAGGAAGUGGAAGCGCUCCAGGAGCAGCAGGAGCGGCUGAUGAAGAUAAACGCAGAGCUCAGGCACAAGCAGAACAUUAUUCAGACUCAGCUGAAGAGUGCAGUGGAGAGGAGGGCUGACCUGGAGGCAGACCUGUGCGAGAAACAGAAAGAGAUAGAGCGCUUGCACUCACAAUUAGAAAGAGCCAGCGCACAUACAGCUGCUGAAAAGAGCAGUUCAGCCCUGGACCUCACAGAUAAGAUGAUCGUUGACUUGAAGGAUCCGAAUCGACCGUGUUUUACCAAGCAGGAAGUACGGGACUUGCUUUUUGAAAAGAACGAGUUAAAGGCCAAUCUCUUUCUGGUCAAAGAGGAGCUUGCAUAUUACCAAAGGGAAAUCCUGAAUGACGAGAGAUGCCCAGGGUUCUUACUGGAUGCCGUGCGCUCUGCCAUAAAGAAGCAGAGGACCGUCAUAAAGUCCAAAAUGCUCGGCAUACCCGUCAGUGAAUGUAAAACAGAUGAGACAGAUGGGCCUUUGUUUGAGAGGAGUGGAAAUGAAGACAAUGACCCUGACGGCACUGACAACAGACCCCAGGACUCACGCAUCAGAAAACUAUUUGGUUUCCUGACGCCGUCCAGUCUCACCAGGAGCUCUGGUUCCCAGCCCUCCGACCUUCCAGCAUCCAGCUCCACAUGGGAAAUCCUUGAUCCAGACGAGCAGGGAGGCGAGGAGGAGACACAGACCCUCAGCUCCUCUUGAGAUCCACCGCAGCUGUCACUCAUCUUCACCUGGGUCGGAAGAGAGAAGUUCAAAAUAUGUUGUUUAUCUGAUUUAUGUUUCGACUACUCUUGUAUUUGGUUUUACAAACAAAGUAUUAGUCGUUGCAUAACGUAUCUUUUCUCUGUAUGAAAUCACUCAGCACUAGGCUUUUGUUAAUUUAGCAGGUAGCUGGAUUUGCGCCUGAUGGGCACUCAGCGUCACAGAUCAGAUCAGUGUAAUAUAUACAUAUAUUAAAUAGUUUUUGUUUACCAAACAAUAUGGGGUCAGUUAGAGUUUUUAAUGUUUUUUAAAAAGGUCUUUUAAUUAUCAAGGCUGCAACUUAAUUAUAAAAAGCUGUAAUUUUACAUGAACUAUUUUUAAUUUUAAUAUAUAUUUUAAAUAUAAUUUUUACCCUUGUAAAUUCUACUCCAGUCUUCAGUGUCACAUGAUCCUUCAGAAAACACUGAUACAGCACUUAACAAACAUCUAUUGUUUAUUACAAUUGUAUUACAUUUAUUAUUACAGUUGAAAAUACUUAUGCUUUUUUGUGGUAAAAGGGUUAUACAUUUCUUCAGGAUUCUUUAAAGACAAAUAUUUUGUAAUAAUAUCCAUACUGCAGUUUUUGAUCAAUUUAAUGCAUAUUGGCUAAAUGAAAGUAUUUAUUUCUUAGAAAAAGAGAAACUCUUACUGACCCCAAGCGUUUGAACAAUAGGGUAUAUACAUUUUUUUUGGCCUUUUUCAAAGAUUAAGAUGCAAAGCCAACAUUUAGUAAUAUACUUGAUUGAUUUUCAAGAGUAUAAACAGUUUUUGUGGGACUUUCAAAACAUUGCUGUUUCAGGACCCAGCACGUUCACUUAUGGCUUAAGCGAUAGCAAUCAUUUGGGGCACGGCUACCUGUAAUAAGCUGUUCAUUGGGAUGUCGCAGUGGAAAGUUUGAAACAAUCAUUAUUUUCAUUUCACUUGGUGCAAAUGACCACAGACUAAUGCACUUAAAAACAUGGGAAUAAUCUGCAGUGUUUUGAUUAUAAUAAUACGCCUGGCAUUAUAUUAUAUGUCUGGAUGGAGGCUACAAAGAAUUAUAGCAGCUAUUUUUAUAGAGAGUAUAUUUAAUACGGAUUUUAACCAAAGAUGUUGACAUUGUAUUGCCAUCACUAUCACACUGACCCUUUAUGUCACUAGGGGGCAUUAGAGUAUUUUGUAUUCAUGUUCUUCCAGUAUAUUUUCUUAUAAAACAUUAGCUGUCCCUAAAAGGUGUCCAUUUUGUAUCUAUCUUAAAGAUAUUUAGCAUGUUUUUAAUAGAAAUAUUUUAAUAUUGGUAACCAACAUAUAUUAUUCAUGUCAGUCAGUUCUGUGGAGAUGUUUACGAUUAUGUCAACGUGACGUUAAAAAAAAAGCAUGUAAACAUGUAACAAAAAUGUAAAAAAGAUUCAUUGGUCAAAAAAUGUUUUGUCUGAAAAUGUUGUCGUCAUUUAUUCACUCUCGCUUUCAAAUUUGUACGCCUUUCUUUUAUCAAACACAAAAGAAUAAGAAUUUUUGGGUGAGAUACUUUUUUAAUAAGUUGACCCUCUUCAGCCAUUGAAAUAAUCAGACAUGUGCCGCUAUUUUUGGUUGAAAAAAGAGGCAAAAACGUAUGGAAAUGAUUCAAAUCCACUGUGUAUGAGUCUUAAGGUGUUCCCUGAUUGAGAGGAAGUCUGUGUUUCCUCCUAAGGAAAUUAGAGAUAAUGGGUGCCUGUAUGUCUCAAAGACCUGAAGCUGAAUUCCAUAUUCCUUAGCUGUUUGUGGCUCAUCCAUUUAUGUUUGGGAAUUUAGAAAUAAAAGUCCCAUAUUUACAUUUUACUAGUAUAUUUUGUUUUUGUAGAAAUGUUUGUUACUGGAAAGUACUAUGAGGCUAAAUAAAACCCAGAGGUAAUGUUCUGACAUUUGUGUGAUUUUUUUGUUUGUUUUUUUAAUAUUUGUAUUGUAAUGUGCAACGAUGAGAAAAUGUUGUCACAUUGUCCAUUAAAAAAAUGCACAACUCCUCCCACAAAA